AUGAAACUAGAAAAUGCUGAUAAUUGUCCUUUCACCAUCUGUUUCAUGUCUCUCCAUGUUUACUUCGACUUUUUAAACUUCAGCCAACAAAGCCCUGGGCCGCCGGAUGCAUCACGUGACACUUUCUCAGAAACAUUUUUCUUCGUUCUUUCAACAGCUUCACGAAGGAGAAGAUCAAAGAAGCGAGAAUUCCUGCAAUUCAACUCUGCUCCGUCGCCUCAAUUCGCUGCGGCACCAGCAGCACCAGCAGCCGAUGCAGCCUCUCCCGCCUCUCCAAAGACAGCUACCAAGGCAGCUCCGAAGAUAGUCAGCAGUGUCCCCGCCGGUACCAAGCUAGCCGGAUUGAACUACGAGAAGAACAAGCAGGAUCCAAUUGCGCUAGAAGACCAUGAAUAUCCAGACUGGCUAUGGACGUUACUGGAUAAGACUGCGAAGAAAUCAGAGACUGGAGCAGGCUCAGUUGAUGUCUCGAAUAUGAACAAGAAGGCUCGCAAGAAGCAUGAGAAGAAGAUGGCUGCGCUAGCUGCUUCUCAACCGCGUGCUAUCCCCGUCCAUGAACAGGCUACUGACAUCACGCCCGCCGAGUACAAUGCCGCUACUACUGGAGAGGCGGCGACUGAUAACUUGGAGACAGCUACUGCUGGACUCGAAGCCCGAAGCGAAAUCACCAAAUCUGCUCGUAAUGCAAGACGGAAAGCCAUCAAGGAAUCUAACUUCUUGCGUGGCUUGUAG